AUGGCCGACGAGCUCCGUGACCUGCUGCGGGAGUUUGAUGAAGUGAUGGAGGACUUUGACAGGGGCCCCGCGCGUCAGUACGAGCAGCAUCUGGAGGAGCUGAAGAGGAAAGCGGGGACCAGCGUGUACGACAGCGGCAUCGAUGAGCUGGAGAGUACCAGCACAUCCCCAGGAAGCAGCCUCAACUCCAGUGAGGAGGAUCUCAACACCCCGGCCAGUGCUUACCCCUCCAAAGCGAAGCUUGGCGACACGCAGGAGCUGGAGGAGUUCAUUGCGGACCUGGAUAAAGUGCUGGAAG